AGAAAAUUAAUCCACAGCUAGAAAUUGGGCGAGGGUGCUUGGUUAAGCGGAAGCUCUCUGCUGUUGCAACCUAGCCCGGGGCAAUACUGAAUGCCGACUGUUUGCAUUGACGGCUGAAGCCCUAACCUAAAUUGUACCGAGGCGCGCGAUUCUCCUUGCCGUUCCUCCCUCAUCACCGAAGCUGCAGCUCUUCUUGGUCUCUCUCUCUCUCGUUCAACGUUUUAGUCCAGGUUCUGGGAAGGGCUGAUGCUAGCGCAGGAUGGGAAUCAACAAGGUCACCGAUGAGGGGAUCGCGCUCGUCCGAUCGGUGGUCGGUCAGGAAUUCUCGGAGAUGGACAUUAUUCGCGCUCUCCACAUGGCAAAUAACGACGUAUCCUCCGCUAUUAACAUCAUCUUCGACACUCCGCACCUCCGCCUCACCCCGGGCGACAAAACCAUUGGCGCCCGGAGGAGAAGCCUCGACUCGCCCACCUCUAUUACAAUCCCCGUCGGUCGAGAAACCAUAGCUACCGCUGCUAAUGUUAACCUUGAGCCUGCUGCUGCCAGUGCUACUCCCGCCUGCACGCCGCUUACCGUGGAUGCUACCUCUCUUGCCAAUCACGAGCCCGUGGUUGCCCCUUGUAAAGUCGAAAGUGAUCUCCUUGAGGACGGGAGCCCCAAAGUUGGGGCAGCCUCGGAUCCCUACCCUUCGACAGAUUUGAAGGAGAGGGAUUGGUGGCUUGUGGGAAGUGCCGAGCUUUCUGGGCUUUCGACGUGCAAGGGUAGGCGGAUUAAGCCGGGUGAUAAGGUGAUUUUUUCCUUCCCGUUGACGAAUAAGGUGGUUUCUCCCUCUUCUGGAACUCGGUUUCCUAGCCGAGGUCGUUCCGUGGCUUCUUGUUCUGAAAUAGUGCGCUUCUCCACUGAAGAGCAUGGGGAGGUUGGUCGCAUCCCCAAUGAAUGGGCUCGCUGUCUUUUGCCUUUGGUGAAAGCAAAUAAGAUUAGAAUCGAGGGGUUCUGUAAAUCUUCUCCUGAAGUUCUUAGUAUUAUGGAUACUAUACACUUAUCUGUUAGUGUGCAUAUCAAUAACUUGAUGAUCCAGAAACACCAUCAAAUGUCACUGAGGUCCACCAAUGUGGCAAUGGAGGAUUUGUCAGUUCAGCCACUUCCAACCCUGUUUAGAUUACUUGGUCUUAUCCCCUUCAAAAAGGCUGAGUUUACUCCGGAGGAUUUAUACACUAGGAAGCGGCCCAUGGAGUCCAAGGACAGAUCUGAAACAGAUUUACCUUUUGAAAAUUUGAGAAAAUUAUGUGCCAACAGGAGCAAAAUUGAGGAUGAUAAAGACCAUAUCUCAGAUAAUGAUAUGGAUUGCAUUAUAGGCAUUUCUGACCAUUCUAAGUUAGAGGAAAUGACUCCUCCUGACAGUUUGCAGUGUGAGUUACGUCCCUACCAGAAGCAAGCUCUUCAUUGGAUGCUGCAGAUUGAAAAAGGAAGAUACAAGGAGGCAGCAACAAGGCUACAUCCUUGUUGGCAUGCGUUCCGUGUAGCAGAUAAGAGGGCCGUUGCUAUUUAUCUUAAUGCAUUUUCUGGCGAUGUAACACUUGAAUUUCCAAGCACCUUGCAAAUGUCUAGAGGCGGGAUUUUGGCAGAUGCAAUGGGAUUAGGGAAGACCAUAAUGACAAUAGCUCUUCUUCUUGCUCAAUAUGGUAAGGGAGGCUCAUGCUCUUCCACCAGAAGCCAGGAGUCUCUUGAUGCAAACGAAGUGAACAAUAUACACGAACAAUCUCAAAAUGCUACAAGCAAGUUAUCUACCAUCGCUGGUUUCAGAAAGUUAUUUCAAUCCAAGGCUUCACUUGUAGGGGCUGGCAAUUUAAUUGUAUGCCCUAUGACUCUAUUAAGCCAGUGGAAGGCUGAAUUUGAAACCCACACUAAGCCUGGAUCUCUUAAUGUCUAUGUUCAUUAUGGGCAAAAUCGAACAAAAGACACAAAGGUGUUGGCACAAAAUGAUGUUGUUCUAACUACCUAUGGUGUUCUGGCAUCAGAAUUUUCAACUGAAAGUACUGAAGAAAAUGGUGUACUUUACUUGCUUAAUUGGUUCAGGGUUGUGCUUGACGAAGCUCACAUAAUAAAAUCUUCUAAGAGCCAGGUCUCUAUGGCUGCUGCUUCUCUAACUGCAGAUAGGAGGUGGUGUCUCACUGGCACACCCAUUCAGAACAACCUGGAGGAUUUGUACAGCCUUCUACGAUUUCUGAGGGUGGAGCCUUGGGGAAAUUGGGGGCUAUGGAAUAAACUCAUACAAAAGCCCUAUGAGGAAGGUGAUGAACGUGGAUUGAAACUGGUGCAGUCUAUUCUAAGGUCCAUAAUGUUAAGAAGGACAAAAUCAAGCACAGAUGCAGAAGGCAGACCAAUUCUUGAUCUUCCUCCUGCACAAGUUGAUGUACUUUACUGUGAGCUGUCAGAAGCUGAAAAGGACUUCUAUGAAGCUCUUUAUAGAAAAUCAAAGGUAAAGUUUGAUCAGUUUGUUGAGCAAGGUCGGGUUCUUCACAACUAUGCUUCUAUUUUAGAGUUACUUUUACGCCUUCGGCAGUGUUGUGAUCAUCCUUUCCUAGUUAUGAGUCGAGGUGAUACGCAAGAGUUCUCAGAUCUCAACAAGCUCGCAAAACAUUUUCUAAAAGGUGGCAAAGGUAGCAUUGGUGGAGAUCCCUCUGCUGCUCCUUCAAAGGCUUACAUUAAAGAGGUUGUUGAUGAACUGCAGAAAGGGGAGGAAAGGGAGUGCCCAAUCUGCCUAGAAGCGUAUGAGGAUGCAGUAUUAACUUCAUGUGCACACCGUCUAUGUCGUGAGUGCCUCUUAGCUAGCUGGCGAAGUGCAAUAAGUGGUUUAUGUCCUGUUUGUAGGAAAUUAGUAAAUAAGCAAGAUCUUAUAACUGCUCCUACUGAUAGCCGUUUCCAGAUUGACAUUGAAAAGAAUUGGGUGGAGUCUUCUAAGGUUUCUGUCCUGCUUCGCGAACUAGAAAACCUUCGUGAUUUUGGUGCUAAAAGCAUUGUCUUCAGCCAGUGGACAGGUUUUUUGGAUCUUUUGGAGAUCCCACUUUCUCGGCACAAUUUCUCAUUUGUUCGUUUGGACGGGACCUUGAAUCAACAGCAACGAGAAAGAGUGCUUUGUCAAUUUGCAGAGGACAAUAAUAUAUUGAUACUACUUAUGUCAUUGAAGGCUGGUGGUGUUGGAAUAAAUCUUACAGCAGCAACUAGUGCCUUCCUCAUGGAUCCAUGGUGGAACCCAGCUGUUGAAGAACAGGCUGUGAUGCGAAUUCAUCGUAUUGGUCAAACCAAAAGUGUUGCUAUCAAAAGAUUUAUUGUAAAGGGAACUGUGGAGGAGAGGAUGCAAAUUGUACAGGCUCGAAAACAAAGGAUGAUAUCUGGAGCUUUAACUGAUCAUGAAGUGCGGGCCGCACGCAUCGAAGAACUAAAAAUGCUUUUUACAUGAAAGACUUCUGAUGAGGAUUUUUGGUGGCUGAUUGGCCGCUUGAUCUGCUUGUGACUAUAUUCAUGUUGCUAAUGCAGCUUUUCCACUUGCUGGCUUAGGUAAUGACAUAAUAUUCAUCUGCACUGAAAAUGUGAUAUUUCUUGACACCUAUGGUGAUUGUUUGUGCCUUGCCUUCUGCA